CAAAAACUGCAAUUAACAACGCGAAUAGCUACGCUACAUGAUGCUCAGCAGCUGUUAGGAGACCUACAAUGGCUGCGCCCUGUUGUCGGCAUACCUAAUGAAUUGCUGGACCAGCUGAGGCCUCUACUCAAGGGUACUGACCCCAUGCAACCAGUCACGGUCACGGCAGAGCAACAAGCUGCUCUACAGCAAAUAAUUGACUGUGUGCUCUGCGGCAGUGUACGCAGACGGGACUUUACCCUCCCGAUACAGCUCAUCAUCUGGUGUGGCCCUAAAUAUCUAUUGGGUGCCUUAGCUCAGCAACAAAAGAAAACGGGGGAGGUAUGGGUAUUAGAAUGGAUUUCUCCCCCAUUGCAACAACAUAGAACCCUUUAUCAGAAAAUUGAAAUGUUGGCAGACUUAGUGAAAAAGGGGCGCGAACGAGCGCUGCAAGUCACAGGAGUGGAGCCAGAGCAGAUAUGGAUACCUAUGCAGAAAGACACCUUGACGUGGUAUCUACGCAAUAGCAUGGAGCUACAGGAGGCAGUAUUGGGGGCCAGCUGUGUGAUCGCCACGGACAAGAUUCCCAGUAUACCGCCGAGUUGGGUUGGACAGUGGGGCUGGAUGCAACGUCCAAAGAGAUCUUUAACACCGCUAGAGAAUGCAGUGACGGCCUACAUCGAUGCCGGGCGAAAAUCCAGAUCAGCGGCGGUGACCUGGCAAGAAGGAGAAGCUUGGCGACAGCAGCUACUCCCAGCCACCGACACGGAUUCUUUACAAACAAUGGAACUGCUAGCGGUGGUCCACUUUGGGUCCCAGCAAGAUGGACUAAGCCAGUGUUGGAUGCUGUCGAUGCGCUCAGCCCACCACCACAGGAACCUGUUACAGAACAACGCCUGGCGUAGGGACGCCAGAAGACAAUGAGGACUUUUGUUUUAACAAUUAUAGGUGUUCUUGUUGUUUCAGGAGUUGCCGU